GACGGGUGCUAAAUUUUAUAUUUUAUUUCCCCCAUUUUAACUGUCUCCCUUUAUUAGAUCUCCCACGUAUUCCCAACCUCUCUCUUCACUUUUUCUCCGAUCCGGGUUUUUAAUUCCUCUUCAUCAGUUCCUGCCUUCCUGGAUUCGUGAGGAAAUCAAAUGGCUGCUCCACCUGCUAGAGCUCGUGCCGACUACGAUUACCUCAUCAAACUUCUAUUGAUCGGCGACAGCGGUGUGGGUAAGAGUUGCCUCCUUUUACGUUUCUCAGAUGGCUCCUUCACCACCAGUUUUAUCACCACUAUUGGUAUUGAUUUCAAGAUAAGGACCAUAGAACUUGAUGGCAAACGAAUCAAACUGCAAAUUUGGGAUACUGCUGGCCAGGAGCGGUUCCGAACAAUUACAACAGCUUACUACCGUGGAGCCAUGGGUAUCUUGCUGGUAUAUGAUGUGACUGACGAGUCAUCGUUUAACAACAUCAGGAAUUGGAUACGAAACAUUGAACAACAUGCUUCUGACAAUGUCAAUAAAAUACUCGUGGGAAACAAGGCAGAUAUGGAUGAAAGCAAACGGGCUGUUCCUACAUCCAAGGGUCAAGCGCUAGCCGAUGAAUAUGGCAUUAAAUUCUUUGAGACGAGUGCCAAGACGAAUAUGAAUGUUGAGGAGGUUUUCUUUUCAAUAGCUCGGGAUAUAAAACAAAGACUUGCUGAAUCUGACAAUAGAGCCGAGCCUCAGACCAUCAGGAUUAAUCAACCCGACCAGGGAGCAGGAGGUGCUCAAACUGCCCAAAAAUCAGCUUGUUGUGGUUCUUAAGAAAUUGGCAGUAACGAAGAUAGGAUGAUGAGGGAGGAGGAAUUAAUCUUUUCCAUGACGUUAAUGUUUCUUCACAAUCUAUUUACUUUCUCGAAGCUCCUACUAUGUCUAAAAUUAUAAUCUAAGUCUUGCUUAUUAUUUCUGGCUUA